AUGAAGGAAAUCUCGGCUGUCUCAAACAAGGCUGCGCGACUCGCUAUAUACCCAAAGAGUCGCCACUCUCCCUAUGGUGUGUCAAAGUCUCGGAAGGCGUCUCCCCUCUGUCCGCCGCAAGAUCCUGUCCGCAAAACGCCGCGUGCCACCCGGGCUGAUCUCCUGGCUCAGCGACAACGAGAUUUACGGAUCAUGGUGUUACGGAGGGAGGGAGUCUUCAUGGAGGACGAGUAUGGUGAAGAGAUUAAGAAUUACAUGCACGAGAUGGAGCGAAGCACUAGGUCUUCAUUGGAACAAAUGGAUCAGCAGCCGGAAAUUAGAUGGCAUAUGCGGCCCUGUCUGGUUGACUUCCUCGUCGAGAUCCAUUUCUCGUUUCGUCUACGCCCGGAGACCCUAUACCUCACCCUAAACAUCAUUGAUCGUUACGUCUCCCGUCGGGUCGUCUAUGUCAAGCACUAUCAGCUCGUUGGAUGCGCCGCCCUUUGGAUCGCAGCAAAGUUCGAGGACACGAAGGAACGCGUCCCUACCGUACAGGAUCUCGCGCACAUGUGUGGGGAUACGUAUGCCGAGUGCGCCUUCAUACAGAUGGAGGGACACGUUCUGUCGACGAUCCAGUGGGCAUUGGGUCACCCUACGGCUGAGGUGUGGAUGCGGCUGCUAUGCUGCGAGACGUACAUCGAGGAGCUCAAGGUGCAGCACGUCGCGCGCUUCUUGAUGGAGAUCACUCUGUUCUAUCGGGAGUUCGUCAAAUACCUCCCGUCGGCGAUUGCCUUGGGCUCACUCACAUUGGCGCGAUUCCUUUGCGGAAAAGAUUGUCGUAUGCUUGAGCAAACUGAAGAAUCUUUGGAGAUUGUCGACCUCCUUGACAAUCGGUUGGCACAGCACGUCAACGACCUCUCCGAGACAUUGGUCAAAAAGUACUCAUACGCAUUCUACUCGAAAGCUGCGACAUUCGUCAUCCAGUACUAUCUUCAGGGCGGUCGGUUCGAAAAUCAUUCGCUCCUUGUUCUCCCAGUGACGCCUGUCCGGGCGACCUCACCGAAGAUCAACACUCCCAUGAGUGUUUCAACCACCGCUUCAGACCUUUCAGACGACAUGCCUGCCACCCCUACGAGUCCGACAUUCCCCAGCGACAUGUUCUCGGGACCGUUGACCUCGGAUGACAAGGAGAAUCUCCCUUCGCCGAUCUUCGAGCCUGUCAUCAAUAAGGCGCAGGUGGAAUCGACACCUGAUCAGUUCCUCCCGCACGAGUUCGUCACCAUUUCGCGUCCUGCCCUCCAUUCCUUGAAUGCCCCUUCGCCUCGGGCAGUGGUGGCUUCGUGA